AUUGCUUAUCGACCUUCGUUCCGAGCGUUACAAUAGUCGAAAGAAGUCCCAGUCGCAUCCGCACUCCCAGUCGCCUCUCCCUUUAAGUUGUUCAGUCUCAUCCCAGCGCCCGUGGCAGGAACAACAACGCUUACGCACGCUUCUGGCAACGCGGUCGUGAAUCGAGUAGAGCUCCCGUUCGGAAUAAAUAAUUCUGCUUGCAGUCGUCUCUUCGAGUUUUGAAAAAUCCGAAGGGAGCGGGUAUCGCGAGUGUUGAGAUUCGAAUUGGUAUAGAGAGCAUUUUCGCCCUGCAAGAUGCGGCAAUUGUGCACCUGCGGCUGCCUGCAGCAAAGUGCUGCAAAGUGUGUGAAAUGUGCCACAUGAAAAAAUGCACCAGAUGUUCUUAAACAUAUCAAAAUAAAGCAAAAGUUAGAGAAUCUUUUGGUGCCCUUGUGAACAGUGCUUUAAAGUUGAAGAAUUUUUAUUUUUUUUGCUACGUUUUUUGACAAACUACAAACGGAAUACAAUCAAUAUACACCUUAAGUCAACUAUUGCCUAUUUCAAAAUACUUGGAGUAUUAAGAUCUCACUGCCUCUUUAAAAGAACUGCUAUGAAGCACUUGUCGUCAAGCGAAGCGAUUAUCAUCAACAUCAUCAUGUUCUCCCGCCAGUGCCUUUCCAACACCACCUGCUUAAUACCCACAUUCGCUGCUUUCCGCCCUCCAAUCCACACCCUCCGAUGGAGAUGGGAGCUCAGCCUCUGGGCGAUGGUGAUCACCAGCGGCUGCUUAAUGCUCAACGCGCCGACAACAACGGCAUUUGAUAUCGCCACGUGCAAUGUGCCGUUGGGCAUGGAGUCGUUAGUCAUAACUGAUGCUCAAAUCACAGCGAGUUCAGCCCAUGACAUGGGCUUCGUUGGACCUCAACACGCAAGACUGAAAAACGAUAAUAAUGGAGGAGCUUGGUGUCCCAAACACAUGGUGUCUAACGCCCUUAACGAGUAUCUGCAGGUCGACUUGCUGCAGACGCACGUGAUAACCGCGAUCCGGACCCAGGGCCGCUUUGGCAAGGGUCAGGGCCAAGAGUACACCGAGGCAUACGUCCUUGAGUACUGGCGCCCGGGAUUCGACAAAUGGCAGCGCUGGAAGAAUAUCCAGGGCAAAGAGAUCCUGCCCGGCAACAUCAACACUUACAGCGAGGUGGAGAACGCCCUGCAGCCAAUAAUUUUCGCCUCGAAGAUCCGCAUCUAUCCAUAUGGCCAAUACGACCGUACUGUCUGUCUGCGGGUCGAGAUCGUAGGCUGCCCAUGGGACGAGGGCAUCGUGUCUUACAGCAUUCCAAAAGGCGUGCAACGCGGCAUGGAGCUGGAUCUGUCGGAUAAAACCUACGAUGGCAAUGAGCAGGGCGACCGCUAUGUGGAUGGCCUUGGUCAAUUGGUGGACGGACAGAAGGGCAAGGACAAUUUCCGUACCGACAUCCAUGGAUUUGGCAAGGGUUAUGAAUGGAUUGGCUGGCGGAACGAUACUCCAGGACUGCUGGGAAACCCGGUUGAAAUUGUAUUUGAGUUCGAUACUGUUCGCAAUUUUAGUGCCAUCGUGCUUCAUACAAACAAUAUGUUUACCAAGGAUGUUCAAGUAUUUGUGCAUGCCAAGGUCUUCUUUAGUAUUGGCGGGCGCUACUUCUCGGGAGAGCCUGUGCAGUUCUCCUACAUGCCUGACACUAUAAUGGAUCAUGCACGCGAUGUUACUAUAAAGCUGCAUCAUCGUGUGGGCAAAUACUUAAAAAUCAAUUUGUACUUUGCUGUCAAAUGGAUAAUGCUGUCGGAGAUCAGCUUUAUAUCCGUAAUAGCGCCGCGGCCCAUCGAUCAGGAGCCGAACGACGCUAACUUCAUUGGGGUGGUCAUCGUGGUCCUGACGACGAUAAUAAUCCUUCUGGUGGCCAUCAUACUGUUUAUUAUCUCGCGUGCGAAGCGGGCCCGCGGAAGUAACGUCCUGGACGCGUUCCAGUACAGCUUCAAUCCCAACACUCUUGGCGGUAACGUGGACAAGCACCGCCACAAUGGCAACAGUAUCAAGGCCAGCGUAGAUGACAACGACUCGAUUGGCAAGAACAGUCUCUACCACGAACCUUUUAAUGUGAACAUGUAUACAAGUGGUGUGAACGGCUAUGCGGCUGUUAAUGAUUUUCAGUGCAAUAUGACGCCCGAUUAUACAGAUGUGCCGGAAGGCGGUUACGCCGUGCCUCACAUGCAGGACUUUAUGCCCUCGUCGAAAAUGGCUGGUGGAGCGGCAGGCGGUGAUGGCUAUGUGAACGUACGUCGAACUCCGCCUCCGCCGCUGAGCAGCCUUUUCCCGCGUCCGCCGACAGUUCCGCCGCCGCCCAUGGAGAAGUACUACGCCACCACCGCCAUAUUCAAGCCGCUAAAGGGCCCAGGCUCGGAGCGCAGCCCUUGCAGCAGCAACACCAACACGGUGAGCAGCGGCGGCGGAAAAAGCAGCCACAGCCACUGCAGCAGCAGUUGCGGACAGGAUCACAGCGGCAUAUACGACGACGGCAUUGGCACCAUGAACUCCAAGGUCACCGCCACCAUGAACAAUCCGUACAGCAGCGGAAACAGUUCAUCAACCUCAACUGCGGCCGCUGCAGCGGAAUUCCAGCGGGCUAGGACCUAUAAUUUCCGCAGCUACCCCGACAAUCUCUAGUUCGAAGCCUCGCUGAAGUUGGUGGUCGGAAACCCGAAGAGGGUCACCGCUGGCCCAGAGGCCAGUACCACCAUGCCGAAGAAGCCGCAGAACCUAAGUCUGGUGACCAACAUUGCGGGCGGAUACGGAGGCGGCCCGAACAAGCCCAAGUACAGCCUGACCCUGCACAACAGCAAACAUACCCAAGGAGGCAAGCUCCUACGCAAUGGCCUCCAACAGCGCCAUCACCACAAGGCCCUGGAGGGAAUCGGGGAGGUGGUUGGCGUGCACCUAAAGACCGGCCCAAUGGCAGCGGCUGCCACUCGCAAAACUUCGGGCUAUACUACCAGGUCGAUGGAGAAGAGCGGCAACGGAAAAGAAGUCGCCAAGGCCGAAAAUAAUAAUGAACUGGGAGGCGGAAUGACAAACGGGGUCAAGAGGGCACAAACCAACAGGCUGUGGUAUCAUUGAUGAAAGCCCCAUAUUAAAUGGAUUUGAGCUAGAUUAUUUUUACGGAGAUUGAUGUGCAGAUGAACUUGUUAGAGGACGUUGGGAUGUUGGAUUUUCCAAGCUUAAAACAGCACCAAUUAUGGCGAAGCAGACAGAGAGUUAGAGAAGAACAAAGAGUUGGAAUAUUUAAGUCCCGACAAUUUAACCCACUGAGCAAACAAGAAGUGAAGCGAAUCGAAAACGAAAUGAAGUCGCCUACCAAUCAUUUUUAAAGUAAGGUCAAGAAUAUGCCAACAAUUUAGGUAAUGUAAAUUGUUCGAAACCCUCUGUAAAUAUACGAGAUUAGGAAUCGAUUAUGAAGAACACCAUACGAUAACAAAUGAGUUAAACUUUAAAGAGGAUACCAGGACGCAUGGUAUUAUGCAAAACUCACAAGAAAAUAGAAUUACUAAGACGAAUUUAAAGUCUAGAAUUUUGCAACAUAUUUUGAUUAUAAAUUGAAGUAAGAAUCAAUAAAUUUAAUAACAUCUUUACGAAUAACUAGCUUAGAUUAUUUUUAAUUGACUUUUAGUACUCUUUCGAGAAGAACAUUUAAAAUCAAAAAGCUAACUGUACAUGCCUGUGCACCUAUUCCUAACCUAACCUGAACCAUCUGAACGCCUACACUCACACUACCUAAGCCCCUCUGUACAUUUUCUGUGUAUAAACUUAUAGACAUAGAUUGUUUGCUAUAGAUGGAAACGUUAAGCUAAAUUACGUAGAACAACCCUCUACCGAGGUAAAUGAUGAUAAAAUUUAACGAAAUUUAACGGACCAAGAGAGCGUGCAGAGCGACUUCGCCCAAACCAAGUAAAAAGAAGUUUUCAUCAAUGAUUUCUGAUUUUAAUAUACACGCAUGUGCGAGUGUUCAGUUCUUAUAGCUAAAUUUAAUAUAUGAAAACGUACUACCGCAAAAAUGACUCUGACUAUAAUUGAAAGCACUAUGAAUAUAAUAACAAAUCGUAUUUAUAAUAAGUAUUAUCGGAUAAUCAUGUAUAUGUUCCUUUUUAGUUUAAUGCUCAUUAGAAUCACCCGAAAACGUACUAAAAGUUAAAAGUAGAAGCUUCGUAGUUGAUUAAUAAAGCAGCAGCAAGGAUUAAAUAACUUUAAACAGCCGGAUACAUAAAUAGGCGUGUUAAAGUACCAUUUAAUAUACACAAGGCAAGACAAUUGACUCCCAUUACAUACACCAAAAAAAUAGUUUAAAUAAAAAACCAAUCAAAGAAACAUAUACAUGAACACGCUCCGCACAAAUGACGUUUAGAAUACUUGUGCAAAAAUUUGCAGUUUUUAUCGAUACAAAUUUAAAGUUAUAAUUAAGCAACAGAUUAAAACAGUAUUUAAACGUAUUUAAUAACAUUAGGUUUGAAGAUUUGUCCGUACUUCUCAACUUUCAGCACAAAUUCUAAACUUUCCAACUUUCAAUUGCACCAACGGUUUGCCAUAACUUGCUCCACUAAUUACACAAAAACAAAUCACGAACCUACAUAAAAGACUUUUGUAAAUUAUAAAAGAAAGCUAAACAAAACGAUUAGACAUUAAGUUAAAAUAAGGUAUUGUAAAAAUUAAAAAAACUUCUAUACUAAUAGAAUUUUUUGGACUUUUGAAAAUCACGGCAAAUGUCAAAUAAGUUGUUUAUUUAGAUUGCGCUUUGCGGUUAAUGACCGAUUAGAAUAAUUUUUAAAUUAAUUUAAAUGCAUUCAUUAUGUGUAUAUUUUUAAAAGGCAAAUAUAUCGUAAUCAAUUAUUUAAAUAGAAA